AUGAUCUGGAAGAAGAGAUUCUGGGCCAAGGUUCUCCGUCGCCGCAAGCCCGCUCACGAUUCUGCUAAUGGACCUUCAGCCGUCGAUGAGGAUUUCAGUGCCGUAGAUUCCAGCCAGCAGGUCGCUUCCUCCACCUCCCCUUCUUUCUGCCAAGAUGCGUUAUCAGAUCAUGCCAUUGUUCCUCCGUUGGAUGCAGGCUGCGGCUGUGCAGCCUCGUUCCCGGGAAAUCAAGAAGAUGCCACUCGCGCCGCUUUGUCCUGCUCAUCCCCCAUUUAUGUCGGCCGCGAUCUUCCUUCCUUCCCAUCACCAAACCCUGCGCACGAACUUGACACUGUACGAGACGACUCCCCUCCGCACCACGUUAUCAUGUCCUCAUCUCCCGCCAACACCGAAAUCACUCUACCGACACACGAGCCGUAUGUAGCUGAUCAACUCAAGCUUCCGGAGGCACGGGACGCGCUCGCGUUGAUUGAAAUUCUAUGCGAAACCAUCGAAGGACUGGGAGACCUCAUCCGCGUUGCUCAUAUCGCGAAGGAGAAGAUCGUCGCGCAUUAUGGGAUCGACAUGCUUCUGAGGCCUCAGCUCGCACCUGCUGCUGAUCCCAAGCUGCCUCUUUCUCCGCUUAACCUCGGUGGUAAGCCGCGAGAGGUGGACGAAGCUAUAGAUGCGAUCAACGAGGAGCCAGUAAAAUCAGUCGAAUCUGCCGACGACGAAGAGUUGUUUGUUUACCCGGGCGAAUCUGCUGAAGACACUCCGCCUGAUUCUACAACCAGCGUCGGCGAUGGUACCUUGUCUACUCCUGUCCGCUUCCCGGAGGCACCUUACAUUGAAGACCCAAUCGAUCCGCCGACAUUCAGCCCCCACACAGCGAAUAGACAUUCUUUAUCACCUCGAACAUCACCCAGAGGGCGUGCGACGUCCAUGGACAAUGAAACGCUCUCGACGCCGCGCGUUUCUACACGAUUAUUCGAUCAACCCGAAGGUGUUUCGUCUCGACCAGCUACCAUCCAUGAAAUCGAGGUCCACAGCGAAGAGAGUGAAGAACGCCUCGAUACUUCGUCUGUCCAUAGCUUUCUCUUUUCCGACGGCGCCCAUCCUAGUACCGAGCGUUCUCGAGUACAAUUCUCGCACCGCGAACGUCAUCUCCACUCGUUCCGGUCAACUCCACGGAUGCCCUUCGAUAUUUCGACGCAGCAAAACUACUCGGAGCCUAUCGCAGAAGGCAGGACCUCCUCCGUCUCGCGCGUGUUGCGGUCUGCCCUCGGGGCGGACUACGAGGCCAUCAAGUCGGUCGAUCUCAAGAAGCAGAGCGAAGUGACGUUGAAGUGGUGUGCACGCGAGGUCCAGAUGAUGAAGAUGCUGUACGACCUCCAACGCGGCCCGCUGCCCUAUCGGCCUGGCACCCCCGAGAAUGCGAGAGAUUACAUUAUCAACUUCCCCUCUGACCCCCUGGAGAACUGUAUCUGGAUCGAUCCCUUCGGUACCUUGAACAUCUCAACUUGCUACUAUCCAUAUAAUUUAUCGCAAUUCAGAGGCGUCAGUCCUAUCGACGCACCUGACGAAACCAUCGCACAGCGCGCCGAACCGCUGUAUUUCAUCUUGUAUGAACUCACACAAGGUCUACGCUUCCUCCACUCACUCGGGGUUGUCCACCUCGACAUCCAGCCCUCCAACAUCUUCCUUACAAGCUCGCGCCACUGCGUCAUCGGCGACUUCGGCGGAAGCGUAGCAGGCACCUGGGAGGAGGCGUUUGACACAUCUCUGGUGACCUACGCGCCGCGCGCGUUCGCCGCCCCCGAGCUGCUCGAAGCCUCCACGUUUGACUCAAGGGCAGAUUUCUGGAGCCUGGGGAUGGCCAUGUUUGAUAUCAUUGUUCCGGAUGGCAUUGAGGCCCUGCUGGGUGCUGAGGAAGACAUGGAGGCGAAGCAGGCAGGCUACCCGUUCAGGGGGCCGAAGAAGCUUGGAGGCAUGAUGCGUAACAAUAAGUGUCCUGAGGACGUCAUCAACCAGGUUACGAACAUGCUUCAAAAAGGACCCUUGGAUAGGGCCCAUGGAAAGUCGAUGAUGAAAUACCUGAAAGACCAUCACUGGCAGGAGAAAUUCACGACCUCCGAUGCUUCACCACUCCUGAACUACGAACCAGCACCGAGGGCAUUGUUGGCUACGGCCUCAAUCGACAUCGUGCCUAUGGGUCUUCCUGCUCGGGAGGUGAUACGUAAGUUGCGUGAGGAGGUCCAUACUUUGUGCGAAUACGAUGUUCAUAUUCGUGGAUAA